AUGACCUCCAAAGAACAGGCCGGUGGGCUCAAUACGCCAAACGGCGAUGACGGCUUUCCGAAACCUCAAUUUCCUGGACGCUCCGACCGACCAGGCCCGCCGAGUAUCAUCUCGUCGCGAAUGACCGACAUCGCGUCCGACGACGGCGGGGAAGCGGUAGCCCAGACCCUCUCCGAAAACACACGCAGAAAAUCUGGACUGGCUUCAGAAACUUUGUCGCGGCCAGGAACAGCCAUGACCGGAAUGUCUGGACCUCUUGAGGGACGGCGACGAGGCCCGCCCCCACGGAUGAACUACAUUACAAGUCUCAACGAGAAGAGGGGAAGCAUCGGGGGCGGCAGUACCGCUGGUUCGAUCAGCAGCAGACCGCCAAGCUCGAGAAGUAGAAGCCAUGUCCCGUCGCUGACGUCUUCGGCUUUCUUUCGUCCCAUGAGUUCGCAGAAGUUACAGGCCCAGCGUGGUGGUUCACGACCUGCGACCCGGCAACAACCUACACUAGGGGAUACCGAAACUGCUUCCGAACACAACCAAAGUGCCGCCGCAGCGGCGGCAGUGGCAAGUGGUGGACCGAAUGCUCGGCACAGCGUUAUCUCUAAUCCGGUAUCGAAUCCCGUCGCUCGUCUACAGCGGCAGUUGAGCGACAACGAUAGCAUGAGACCGCCUCCGUCUCGCGGAACCGAAUACACCGACCAAGGAACAUACGACCGAAUCACCGCGAACACGAGUCCUAUUCACGGUCAUUAUGCCGCCGGCAGUGUGUCCGAGAGCGUUACACCGUUACAACGGAACCAACGCAACAGCCGGAACCUGAGCGUCAAUGUCGACAGGGGCUUUGGAGAACGAGGCAAUCAACCUAGCCCCCUCAAAUCGCCACGAUCUUUCCGCUCAAGCUUCCUCUUGCCAGGUAGAAGUGAUCAGAACAAGUCUAACCGGACUUUACCUGGCGGCGAAAAGCUGUCAUCAACCGCAUCGACACCGCAGCUCAACCCUGUAGACUCUUCGAGACUCGCCGACAAAAACAAUUUGAAGAAGUCCAAAACAAACCUUGGCUACGUUUUCCAGUACUUUGAAGGCAACACCGUCUUCUGCUUGGGAGGUCGGUUCCAGAACACCAAGCACAGGCCUGUCAAUGUGGCCACUGGGCUGUUCAUCAUCAUUCCUGCCGUCCUUUUCUUCGUUUUCUCAGCACCUUGGAUAUGGCACAACAUAAGCCCCGCCAUUCCCAUCACUUUUGCAUAUGUCUUUUACGUCUGCAUUUCCUCUUUCCUCCAUGCAUCCCUGUCGGACCCAGGCAUUCUACCGCGAAACUUGCAUGCCUUCCCACCGGCAGAUUCGACUGAGGAUCCUCUCCGGCUCGGCCCUCCAACCAACGACUGGACGCUGAUCAAGUCAGCAGAGUCAGCGACGGCCGCGAUGGAAGUUCCAGUCAAACAUUGUAGAACAUGUAACAUUUGGCGACCACCCCGGGCUCAUCACUGCCGACUUUGCGACAACUGCAUCGAGACCCACGAUCACCACUGCGUGUGGCUCAACAACUGCGUCGGAAAACGCAACUACCGAUAUUUCUUUGCUUUCGUCUCAUCAGCCACAUUCCUCUCUCUCUAUCUUCUCGGCGCCUCUCUUGGCCAAAUUCUCGUGCACAUGAACCGAUCAGACAUCUCUUUUGGUAAAUCGAUCGAUGAUUUCCGCGUUCCCUUCGCCAUGGUCAUUUACGGCUUUAUUGCCUUUAUGUACCCGGCUGCUCUCAUGAGCUACCACAUCUUUCUCAUGGCGCGAGGCGAAACAACGAGGGAGUACAUCAACUCCCACAAGUUCAUCAAGGCAGAGCGGUUCCGAGCCUUUACCCAAGGCAGCAUCCUCAAAAACUGGAUCGUCGUCCUCUGCCGACCGAGACCUCCUACCUACUACCAGUUCAAGAAGAGAUACAGUGGCGGCGAUCAACGUCUCGGUGUUCUCCGGGAUCAGCCCAAGGGCGACGUCCAUGGUAUGGAAAUGCAGAGCGUCAGACCAUCAACAGGGUUCCAAGGACCCGUCUCUUUACGCAACGAGGCAAACACUACCGCGGCAUAA